AUGGCGUGGUUGGAUACAUAUGAGAAAGAAGAAGACAACGAAGUUGUGAUGGGGGUGGUUCGAUUUGUUAAGUUGAGGGCACUUGUACAGUCAAGACUUUGUGGUACAAUAUCAAUAGGUGGAGCAUCUAUAUCUACCAAUAAGGACUCAGAAGAUUGCACCCAACGUUGGCAUUUGAGGCAAGGACACUUCACACUUGACUUCUGCAAGUAUUGUACCAUGGGAAAGCAGUAA